AGAAAAGAGAGAGCAGAGGACUGUCUGCUGUUGCUGUUGUGCUGUUCUUUGUCUGCUUCUUUGCUGUCCAUUCAGAGAGCAAGGGGGACCUACUGGACUGUCAAACAUGUGGACUGAGUGUCCACAGAGAAGAGCAGGUGUGCCCUGCUCUGGGGUCAGACUGUGAAGCAUGCUUGGUAAGACUCAGCCAACUACAAGUAACCUCAACUUGGUGAAAUCUGAAGUUGCUGAUAUGUCAGACGUACACGACGGCCUCAAGAUGACCGACCUUGUGGAAAGCCUGGAUGCCAGGGAGCUGGACAUAGGGGAGGGAGAGGAUAUCGACGAUGGAAACUACUUAGGGGACUGUCGUAUCCCAUUUUCUGCAGUGUACGCCACGGUGGGCUUUAAGGAAGCCAAUGCUAAAACCUACCUGCCCACUGUCCCCAUCACUGCCCGGAUCCUGGAGGUGGAGCGGUUCACCGCGGCACAGGACCGCUUCAACUCGUCCCACCACAGGAGCGUCAACAAAUCUCUGCCAGCGGUGUUUAAGAUCGAAAUGAAGCACGGGGAGUUUACCUGGUUGGUCAAGCGGAAGGAGAAACACUUCAUAGAGCUGCACAGAGAACUGCGAACGUACAAGACCUUCAUGAGGAUACCACUGCCAUCACGCAGCCACACAGUGAGGAGGAAGACGGUGAGGAAGAGCGAGGUGAGGGAGAUGCCAUCCCUGCCCAGGGGGGGAGGAGAUGAGCUGGUGCGAGACGAGCAGGUCUCCAGCAGGAGGAGACAAUUAGAGGACUAUUUGAACAAGCUGCUGAGGAUGGCCUUGUAUCGCAAAUAUCACCAUACUAUGGAGUUCAUUGACGUCAGCCAACUGUCGUUCAUUCAUGAUUUGGGACCCAAAGGACUUGAAGGGAUGAUCUAUAAGCGCUCAGGCGGACAUCGUAUCCCUGGACUGAACUGCUGCGGUCAGGGUCAGGCCUGCUAUCGCUGGUCCAAACGCUGGCUCGUGGUGAAGGACUCAUUCCUGCUCUACAUGAAGCCAGAUUCAGGAGCAAUCUCCUUCGUCCUGCUGGUGGAUAAAGAGUUCAGCAUCAGGAUGGACUCCAAAGACACAGAGACCAAACAUGGAGUCCGCGUUGAUAGUCUUUCCAGGACCCUUGUUUUCAAGUGCAUCAGCUACAGACAUGCACGCUGGUGGGGUCAGAGCGUUGAGAGCUUUGUGAGGAGUCAUGGGAAGGCUUUUCUCAGAGAUCAUCGCUUUGGCUCAUUCGCGCAGGAGCAGGAAAACAUCCCUGCGAAAUGGUACGUGAAUGGAAAGACUUACAUGGAGGACGUGGCGGACGCCCUGGAAGAGGCGAAAGAGGAGAUCUUCAUCACUGACUGGUGGCUGAGUCCAGAAAUCUUUCUGAAAAGGCCUGUUGUAGAGGGCAACAGAUGGAGGCUGGACUGUAUCCUCAAACGCAAAGCACAACAGGGAGUGCGAAUCUUUGUAAUGUUGUACAAGGAGGUGGAGCUGGCCCUCGGCAUCAAUUCAGGAUACAGCAAAAGGACACUCAUGCAUCUGCACCCCAACAUCAAGGUGAUGCGUCAUCCGGACCACGUGUCCUCCUCCGUGUAUCUGUGGGCACAUCAUGAGAAAAUCGUGGUUAUCGACCAAUCAGUGGCCUUUGUGGGCGGGAUCGACCUUGCAUAUGGUCGCUGGGACGACAGAGAGCAUCGGCUGACGGAUGUUGGCAGCGUGACUCGCUCAGUGGCUCUUGAGCAGGCUGGCUACUCCAAUACUCCAUCUAGUAAAGGUGUGUCCGUGGCUGAUGGCGUCUCUCAGAGCAACGGACGAGGGGCGCAGCCCGCCGACCCCGUGGAGCUGCCGAAGCUGAAGGGAGUGGGCCGCAACAGGAUGGCCCGCUUCAGCAUGUACAUACAGCGGCACAAGCACACUCUGCAGCACGUGGACAGCGUCAGCAGCGUUGACAGUGCAGGGAGCGGUUCUGUCCAAAGCCUUAAGACCGGUGUUGGUGAGUUACAAGGAAACACCCGCUUCUGGCACGGGAAGGACUACUGCAACUUCGUCUACAGGGACUGGAUCCAGCUGGAGAAGCCUUUUGAUGACUUUAUCGACAGGUACACCACUCCCAGAAUGCCUUGGCAUGACAUUGCCUCAGUGGUUCACGGAAGAGCUGCCCGGGAUGUGGCGAGGCACUUCAUUCAGCGCUGGAACUUUACAAAGAUCAUGAAGCCAAAGUAUCGGUCGCUGUCGUAUCCAUUCCUGCUGCCCAAGUCUCACUCCACUGCAGAUGAGCUCAAACACCAAGUCCCCGGUUGCGUUAAUGCCAAAGUCCAGGCAUUGCGGUCAGCAUCAGACUGGUCAGCAGGCAUAAAAUACCACGAGGAGUCCAUCCACAAUGCCUACAUCCAGGUCAUCGCCAAGAGCAAGCACUUCAUCUACAUCGAGAAUCAGUUUUUCAUCAGUUGUGCUGAAAACAAGAUGGUCUACAACAAGAUAGGAGACGCCAUCAUUGAAAGGAUCAUCAGGGCCCACAAGGAGGGUAAGAAGUACCGCGUGUACGUGGUCACACCUCUGCUUCCUGGUUUCGAGGGAGACAUCACUACAGGCGGCGGGAACGCCAUCCAGGCUGUCAUGCACUUCAACUACAGGACCAUGAUCAGAGGAGAAUAUUCCAUCAUUUCUCAGCUUAAAAAAGAAAUGGAUGACCAGUGGAUGAACUACAUCUCCUUCGCGGGGCUUCGGACUCAUGCCGAGUUGGAGGGACGUUUGGUCACAGAGCUCAUCUACGUCCACAGCAAGAUGCUCAUCGCUGAUGACAACACGGUCAUCAUUGGUUCUGCUAACAUCAAUGACAGAAGCAUGCUGGGUAAACGUGACAGUGAGGUGGCUGUGAUUGUUGAAGACUCUGAAAAGGUUGCCUCGGUGAUGGAUGGACAGCACUAUGAAGCCGGACCCUACGCGCUUCAGCUGCGCCUCGAAUGUUUCCGGACUAUACUCGGAGGCCACGCAGACACCAGCAUUGACCUGUCUGACCCCAUCAGUGACCGUUUCUACAAAGAGGUGUGGAUGACUACAGCUGGACGCAACGCUACCAUUUACGAGAAGGUAUUCCGUUGCCUCCCGUCAUCCCUGGUGAGGAACAUGUCGGAGCUGGAGCAGUACCAGUCCACACGAGGUUUAGCCCACACUGACCAGGCCCGUGCUCAAGAGGAACUGCGCAAAAUCCGAGGCUUCCUCGUCCAGUUUCCUCUGGACUUCCUGUCUGAGCAUAACCUCAUGCCUUCAGUUGGAACGAAGGAGGCCAUGGUCCCGACUGAGAUCUGGACAUAAGGGAUCUGAAUCCCCUGACACCCCCCCACCACCACCAUGAACUCACGGGUGUGAAAUAGAGGAUGUCAGGUGUCUUGACUUGGAUGAAUGUUUUUAUUGUUGGAGCUCUAAGAAAGCACUUUUAAUGACCAUAAACCAGACAUGACAGUCAGGCUUGCUGUCCUCGGUUAGCUUUACGCGGCUGCUGCGUAUUGACCAAUCCUUCUUUCGGUCGAUACUGAAAAACACUAAACUGUUAACAGUACGACUCUGUUAGGGUGAAGCUUUUGGAGGUACAGUACAGAGGAUACGGCACAGCAGCAAAAAUAACUAUUGUGACUGCUUUCACACUGAGGAAAACUCUGGGUUUCGGGAAUUAACUUCACAUCUGGAUUCCAAGGUGUCGAGGCACUUCAACCGUGGAAAGACAAAGUAUUUCUAAGGGACCAGCAUAGGGAAGCAGAAACUUCUUCUUUUUUUUUUUUUACGUCAACAAUUAUUUGCCUCUGUUGGAGAUACAACUAAUAUAUUAGAGAUGGUGAUGCAUGUGAUUUGUUUGCUUCUGGUACCUGUCCCAUUUACAGCCAUUUCCAUGGUACAGAAUGUACAGUGACUCAUGCAGGAACAACUACUUAAAACAACCAAUAUAGAUGCAUAAUUUUGACAAAGAACCUGGAUCAACAUUUGUUUUAUUUUUUUUACAAUUUUUUUUACUUUAAGACCAACAACAGUCAUUCGGAUGUGUUCCUUAUCCACUGCAAGCCAUUUAGUUUGACUCUCUUUGAUAGUAUUUUGCUUUUUUCCCCGCCUACGUCGCAUGCUUCGCUUAUCUCAUCGGUGGUAUAACUAUCCAGUGGUGUUCAGAGGCAGUUUCUUCUGCUUCCGCUGGUUGAAUCCAGAGGAACGAGUAUUGAAGAGGAAAAUAAUUAGAAUGGCUGCUCAGUGUAGUUUUUAUGCAUAUAUAUUCAGAAGUCUGUAAAUUGAAACACGCUUGCUCUUCACUGUGGCAUCACAAGCAAAAAAGCAGUUUGACUCAUCCAGCAGUGAGUACGUGUGUUUAAAUCUUGUUAAGUUGCCAUGAUGCAUGCAAAGACUGCACCUUCAUUUUUUUUUGUUGAAAUAGAUACAUAUUUCUUUGUGAGAUUUUAAUAUUCUGUACAGCUGCAAUCAAAGAGAAUCAACUGAACCCAGCUUGUCGUUGUGUUUUUGGUGAGGGAGCUGGACGAGACAAUCACGUCUGACCAAGUUGUUUCCUCUCUGCUCAGCAGAUGGUGCUAGCUUCUCAAAAGUACAGUCUGACUACAAACAAGCGACAGUUGGAUAGAAGAUCUGCGCGUCCUCCCUGCUGCUUUUCUUAGGCAUUUUAAUUAAGUGUAAGAUGGUUUUUGAGAAAAGUAUACAGAGAAUGAAAUCAGUAUCCUCCAUGAAGCAUGCGGCUCUUCGCAGAGGCAGAGCUUUCAUGCUCUGAAUACUUUCUUGACAGUUCCAUCUAGGUUCCUUUUUCCAUUGUUAUUAAAGUCACUCACCUAUAGAUGUGCAUGUAUGAUUAUGGUGAUGUGUUUUUAGAUGUUUGUCACACUAUUUUGUUCGAAAAUGAACUUCCCCUGAAUGUGAAACCACACAACCACUUCAUUAGAAAGGCCCAAUGCUGCUAUGACAAAGGACCUGCCAAAGGUCCUCACGGUGACGAGUAAAACAUUAAAGUCUGGUGCUGAAGGUGAUGUCAGACAGCAUUUAAAUCAGUUAAAUUAAUUGGCUCAUUUGGCAAAGAAAGGCUUUAAACCUUAUUUCUGUGUUUAAGAAUCACUUCCAUAUACUUGGAAGAUGCAGGCUGUGGGAUGUUGCAUGGGUCUGACUGAAAAUCAUUUAGAUUUCUUAAAUAGGACUAGGACAUUUUAAUGAAGUGGUAAUGACUGCAAAUGAUAGGCUAUACUCUGUUUUUACAAAUUCUUUUUAUUGACUUUGGCAACAUUACCCAUGAUGUUUACCCUAUAUUUGUUCGUGCAUUAUUUAUGGAAUAAAAAACAUUUAACAUUCUUUUUAAAUGUUUUGAACUAAUAACAAUGUUGUAACGAUAGUUGUGAAAUUGUAAUUUAACUUCUGUUUCUUUUCAUAACCACCAUGCACUUUCUGUAAACACUCUGUCCGCUUUGGUUUCUUUUUAAGCACAAUACCUUAUUUUUGUACAGUUGAAAGCAAAUUCUCAUUUCCAUCUGUUCAUUUAACAAAGUGUAACUUAAAUGGCUUACAAGUAAAAUUGUCGUUAAA